AUGGAAUACUUGGAACCUGUGACAGCAGAGAGGGAGACAGCCCAAGUGAAUGCUGCUGCUGGUCCUAGGAGACCUAGGAUUCUACUUGCGGCAAGUGGGAGUGUAGCUGCGAUUAAAUUUGGGAAUCUUUGUCAUUGUUUUUCCGAAUGGGCGGAAGUGAAAGCGGUUGCCACUAGGGCUUCUUUACAUUUCAUUGAUAGAGCCGCAUUGCCCAAGGAUGUUGGGCUUUACACUGAUGAGGAUGAAUGGUCGAGUUGGAAUAAGAUAGGAGAUACCGUGCUUCAUAUUGAGUUAAGACGGUGGGCUGAUAUCAUGGUUAUUGCCCCGUUAUCUGCAAAUACGCUUGGCAAGAUUGCUGGGGGAUUGUGUGACAAUCUGCUGACCUGCAUCGUCCGAGCAUGGGAUUACAGCAAGCCACUUUUUGUUGCGCCAGCUAUGAACACUUUCAUGUGGAGCAACCCUUUCACAGAACGGCAUCUUAUGUCAAUUGAUGAGCUUGGAAUUUCCUUGAUCCCACCUGUUUCAAAGAGGCUGGCAUGUGGAGAUUAUGGGAAUGGUGCAAUGGCUGAACCUUCUCUAAUCUACUCAACUGUAAGACUAUUCUUGGAGUCACGUAGUCAAGUGGGUGAUAGAAGAGUUGGUUAA